UGUGCAACCAAACUUCCAGGACUUUAUCCGCCCCUGUCUGAGAAUCCAAUCGCAGAAGUCUGUUCAAUGCAAAGCAAAGCCUUCUAUUGAACACUAGGGACACCACUCACCAAGUAAUCACCACCUCACCCUCCUCCGCCUCCGGGACCAAGAACGGUUCCAGAAAGGACUAAACAUUUGUAAAUACGUGCUGGUGGAGGUGCGUGCAGAUUACUGCAGCUGCAAUGGCAAUGCAUCCAUUACUAACUUUUACGCUUCUUUUCUUUACUUUUGUGUUCACCGCAAACGCGCAGUAUGAGAAAUAUAGCUUUAGAAGUUUCCCUAGACAGGAACUUAUGCCGCUGGACUCCGCAUACAAAUAUGCUUUGGACCAGUACACCGGUGAGAACUGGAAAGAGAGCGUGGAUUACUUAGAAAUGAGUCUGAGGCUGUACCGGUUGCUGAAGGACAGCGAGGCAUUCUGCAAUCUCAACUGUAGUACCGUUCGGAUGGACAAUGAGGCGAAUUUUUCAGAUUUUGCCGAACUGCAGGUAUUCGGGAACAUCAUGAAGCGGGCCCAGUGCUUGAAGAGAUGUAAACAGGGGCUGCCGGCUUUCAGACAGUCUAUGCCAAGCAGAGAUACAGUGGACGAAUUCGAGAGACGAGAGCCUUACAAAUUCCUCCAGUUUGCGUACUUUAAGUCUGACAACAUUGCUAAAGCAAUUUCUGCAGCUCACACCUUCCUCCUAAGACACCCUGAGGAUGAGAUGAUGAAGAGGAACAUGGCUUAUUACAAGAGUUUGCCUGGGGUUGAGGAGCACCUCAAAGAUCUGGAGACCAAGGCCUACGAGGCGCUGUUUAUCCGAGCAGUGCGGGCGUAUAACGGGGACAAUUACCGCACUUCUAUCUCGGACAUGGAGCUUGCCCUGCCCAGCUUCUUCAAAGCCUUUGACGAGUGUCUCGCUGCCUGCGAGGGGUCCAGGGAAAUCAACGAGUUCAAAGACUUCUACCCCUCCAUAGCAGACCAUUUCAUUGAGGUUCUGAAUUGUAAAGUGAAGUGUGAAAGUGACCUAACUCCAGUAGUUGGCGGCUUUGCUGUAGAAAAGUUUGUGGCAACCAUGUACCAUUACCUGCAGUUUGCCUAUUACAAAUUAAAUGACCUGAAGCAUGCAGUGCCCUGCGUAGCGAGCUACUUGUUGUUCGAUCCCAGCGAUGAAGUGAUGAAGCAAAACAUGGUCUAUUAUCAGUACCACAAGGAGAAAUGGGAUCUCGCAGAUGAAGACUUCCUGCCAAGAGUUGAGGCAGUACGAUAUUUUAACGAGACCACGAUACAGCUGAAGAUUCUUGAGUUUGCUUCACAACAUUUGCUGCCUGAUGAUGAGGCGGAAGUGGUGGAAUUUCUUGACGAACUUCUGGAGACUGAUAUUAGCUAAUCUUGGAGACAGAAACUGACUUUCCAAAACAGUGGAAAGAAACAAAUAUACCUUUUUUGUGAAUUUAGUCCUCCAUACAGCUCCCCUUCAAAUCUCUAUAAACAUUAAAUACUGACCUUAACAUAAUACCACAUCACAUUCAGUCCUAGGCCACUUCAAAUGAGAUUGCCAAUUCUGUGUUUUGUUAUUUGGACUAAUAUCCUCUGCUUAGCCAGAGCCUAGUGGCCAUCAAACUAAUUACUCUUGGCCUCCAUACGUAAAAAGAAUAAAUUAGUCUGCUACAAAAACCUAUUUUAACGUUUCAAUCCAGACACAUGACCUCUCUGCUUGUAUUUAUUUGGAGCACAGGAUUUUUCACUCUUGUUGUAAACCUUCACAUUAUUAUUAUUAUUAUUAUUAUUAUCAUUAUUAUUAUUAUUAUUGUUGUUUUUUUAAUGAAUACUUUUGUGUGGGGUUCUUGGUUUUUUUUUUCUUUCUUUUCUUUUAAAGAAAAAAAGGUGUUACCGGUACAUGUUUGUGUGGUGCUAACCUUUUUAACCUAUUCUUUCCCUCCUUGUUCUCUGUAAACUCCUUCUCCAAUUGCUUUUCCCUGAGGGCUUAUGCUUUUAAAUAUAUAUUAGAAAUGUCCAAUGCAACCAAAUUUCAAGUGCUUUUUCUAACCAUCUUAUGACCUGAUGAUGAAAUUACAAAAUAUCAGAGGAACGUGACCGCAAGGGUCUGUCAUGUCUGUCUGCAAGCAUGAGCUUGUAAUGAAUGUCCUCCUAGUAGCCUUGAAAGAGCUGGAAAUGAACUGCAAAUCAUGUGGUUCCAAGAUGAACGUCUUACCAUUCAACUAAAUAGCAAGCUCUGUAGUUGAGAGAAGUACGUUUCUGAUGCUGAUGUGCAUAUUGUUAACUCAACAGCCACUAGGAGGAGAUUCUUUACAAACUGAAGGUCACAACACAUAAGAAGUGUUCUUUACCACAGUCCAGUCCAGCUCUUGGCGGCUGCCUUUCUGUCACUCUGAUUGGUGAUGUGUAUGUAUGUUUGUAUCCAGAUGGAAGUGACAUAUGUGCCUGAAAAGCUGUCCGAGUCACCCGACAAGGAGUUUGCUGGAGAGGGUGAUUACGAAGAAGGGAUCUACGCUUCUGAGUGGUGGGAGAGGGAGCCACAGCAGAUAGAGGAUCUGGGUAGAUGAAACAGUGACCUACCUCUACUGUAUGGCCUUUUACUAUUUAGUUUAUCCCUUCUGUUGCUGUUCUAUCUGGUUGCCAUACGCACGUUGCCCUUUGUAUUGUUUUCAGCUGACAGUGUUGGUGUAAUAGAGCUACAACUAUCAGACAUAUAAAGUUAAAUCAUGUAGAAAUCAGAUUAUUAUGCCCUAUUGGAUACAUUCUGUUGUUAAAUAUAAUGUCCUGCCACGCAUUAAGUGAACUGCUUUAAUUGGCUUGCAAUAAGGAUGACAACAUGAUUUACAUACUGUAACACAGUUUAAUUGUGCUGCUUUUACAUCUCUAUUGGUGUGCCAGGUAACUUGGAAUUUUGGUGCAGAUUUAAAAAUAAAGAAAUAAAAAUGGAAUGUGGUAGGAAGAGGCAGGAAAACAAGAUUUGAAACUCACAGGGCACUAGGAACUACCCUCUAUUCAUAUAAUCAGGGCAAAGGCAUGAGCAGUCGGGCCCCUGGUAAAUAAAUGUAACCCCUAGCGUUACAUUUGGUCGUUUUCAAGGGGCCUGAUUGCUUACAUAAACAAGAGGAGUUCUGAAACCCAGGACUGGGGGCAGGACCAGUUUGAAUUUCUAACCAUGCAAAAGAUUGUGAAAACAGAUUCCAGGACUGCAGCAGCACCACGUAUCAUAGGGGUCACAAAUAACAACAAAAAAAAUCUAGAUUUAGGAUUUGAGAGUUUUUCUUUGAGAAUAUAAACGAUGCUGUUCGAUUAGACAAUCACAGUGGUACAUUAAUUACUUAACAGGAAGUGAACACGUGUGAAUUUGGUUCCUCUAUCUUGAAUCUGUAUGUGGCUUGGUGAAUUCAGUUUGAAAUCCAUGCUACAAAAAGAAAAGCUCACAAAGAUGAGUGAACAGUAAAGCUUUUUUAAUCAUCUUAUUUGGAUUCUUUGUGUAUUUAAAUUAAAUGUAAUAUAUUAAAGCGUUUGUAAUCAUCACGUAUUACUAAAUGCAUGCAUGGAUACUUGGCAUGUUUGCUAACGUCACAAGCAUAUGUUUUGGAUUAUUGUGGUAUCACAACUGUGCCUUCCGGUGGAUAUAGAGAAAAUACACAGCUCGUUAAAAUGACUGUCCAC